UGUUCUUCAAUCAGUAGUGAUAAGUUUUCAAUUCCAGUUCAACCUCUUGUACUCAUUUCCUUAUGUUUGUACUUUAUCAAUUAAUCAGUAAAAUGGAUCUUUUCCACUUUCCCAUUUUCAUAGCCCAUGUGAUCUUAUUCUGUUUAUUCAAUUAUAUCAAUUUGUCUCUUUAUAUAUAAUCGUGUCAGUAUCUUAAUUUCCCCUUUGUUAGCCCAUGUGAAACCCUUCUUCUCCAUUCAAUUUCUGUGUGGUUCUAAUCCAGUGUUGGUCAUAGCCCAUGUGAAACCCUUCUUCUCCAUUCAAUUUCUGUGUGGUUGUAAUUCAUUGUUUGUCAUAGCCCAUGUGAUCUUUGUCUCUUUAUAUUCAGUUAUUUCUGAAGAAGAAUUACAAAUUAGUUCACUAUAAAUAAACACCAUUCUUUCAUUUUUUUUACACACAAACACAUAAAUCGUUUGCAGUUACUAUUAGCAAACCUCACUCUAUCUUACAUUUCUUACGUACAAAAUGAAUUCAAACAGUUUAAACGAAAGCUCAACCGAUUCCUCUUCAUCUUCAUCUAACUCGGAUGAUGAGGGAAGGGAGCUUAGAGUUCAACAACGUAAUGAAGUGUGUCUUAUGAUACAACACGUAAUGCAUGAGUACAUUCCACCAAUUAUUCAAGCUGCCACUCAGCAACGCCGACGCAAAUCUACUGAGCCCCGAAAGGAUAGGGGACGCGAAGAAGGUCAUGCACGGUUAUACAAUGACUAUUUCGCGGAAGUCCCAGUUUAUCCAAGUUCCUUGUUCCGGCGCCGGUUUCGAAUGCGUAAACAUGUGUUUGAGCGCCUUCUCAACGCAGUGACCCAACAUGACCCCUGGUUUCAACAAAGGCGAGAUGCGGCAGGUCGUCUUGGUUUGUCUCCACUUCAAAAGUGCACUGCGGCCGUUAGACAACUAGCUUACGGGUGUGCUUCAGACGCUUGUGAUGAGUAUGUCCGUAUAAGUGAGGCAACUUCACGAUUGGCACUCCAAAAGUUUACAGAAGGUGUCAUCAACCUGUUCGGUGAUCAGUACCUACGUCGUCCAAACAUCGCAGAUAUGGAAAGAUUGCUACGUAUUGGGGAAGAACGUGGAUUUCCUGGCAUGAUAGGCAGCAUUGAUUGUAUGCACUGGGAGUGGAAGAACUGUCCACACGCAUGGAAGGGGCAGUAUCAAGGAAGAGAAGGAGUUGCAACUCUCGUACUAGAGGCAGUUGCGGACAGAGAUCUAUGGAUAUGGCAUUCGUUCUUUGGGAUGCCAGAUAGCUGCAACGAUAUUAAUGUGCUUCAUCGAUCCCCUGUGUUCGAAGACGUCUUAGAGGGUCGAACACCUCCUGUGAACUUCGUAGUCAAUGGUCAUCAUUAUACGAAUGGGUAUUAUCUUACUGAUGGAAUCUACCCUAGAUGGGCUUCUUUUGUGAAAUCCAUUACGAGACCACAAACUCGUCAGGAUCGUUUAUUCGCAAAACACCAGGAAGCUGCAAGGAAAGACGUUGAACGCGCAUUUGGGGUCCUUCAAGCUCGUUUUGCCAUUAUUAAAAAUCCGUCUUUGGCGUGGGAUACCGACAUACUCCACAAUAUCAUGCUCGCCUGCAUCAUAAUACAUAAUAUGAUCGUUGAAGAUGAACGAGAGACGUAUCAAAAUAACGUUAAUACCAAUGAGUUUAUGAAUGCUGGAGGCAACGCUAAUGAGGACACUACCGAGUACCGUACUGAUCGUAUUGUGGAUAUCGGCUUAUACUUGUAUCGUAGAACAGAGAUUGAGGAUCAACAGACUCAUUUGCAGCUAAAAAACGACUUGGUCGAACAUAUAUGGAAUAAAUUUGGUAACAACGAAAACUUAGGCAACUAGGUUUACAACAAAUGGUUAUCCCUAAGGACAUCUUACAAAACGAUGUGUAGUUGUUUUUUAUUUUAAAAUAAAAUGUACUAGAUUAUAGUUGUAGAACUGUAAUCACGAUUUGUACCUCUUUUUUUUUUUGUUAAUUAAAAUUAGCUGCGUUGUUGUUUAAAAAAUAUUAAU